AUGUAUUCAACCACAAGUUCCAUGAGCCUUCGCUCACUCGCUGUUAUCUUUGCCCUCCUGCCCGCCAUCGUUCUUGCACACCCCACCGCAACGCCCACUACCACAAGCACAGCCGCAUCGUCUACACCCAGUUCCAGCACGCCAACCAGCACGGCGGCGACCACAUCCACAUCAUCCGCCUCCUCCACCAUCACCGGCACGCCCGCGUACUGCACAACGGCGCCACCGCAGCCCAAGUUCGACAUCCCCACAGGCACCACGCGCCCCGUCCCGCCCCUCCCCUGCACCGGCGCCUACGAUGCAGAGAAGGGCGUGUGCUGCAAGUCCACCGACCCCAACUGCAGCGGCAGCGGCGUCGAGUGGCAGCUGCCCCUGGCCCCCUGCGUGACCUCGAACCCGUUCUACAAGGGCUGCCCUGGCAACAUGCUCAACAACGUGUGCUGCGAGAGCGCCCGGGUUGCCUUUGUCGACGGCAAGGUCAGCUGCGAGAACGGGAGGAGUCUGUUCAUGGUCAUGACGAGCGCCGACAAGACCGUCACGAGCUCCUUCGGCCCGGCCAUCACCACCCCAGGGCCGAGCACCUCCCAAACCCCUCCCAGCGCUAAUCCGGGCUCGAGCACUGUCCAGACCACCACAAAGACCGGUGGUGCUUGGAUGCCUGCGCCGACGGGAGCGGCGCCUGUUGCUGCCAUCCUCGGCAUGCUCGGCGCUGCGGCUGCUUUGUAA